GAGUUGCCUGUUGCUUUUGUUACAUUCAGAAAUCGGUGGGGUGCUACUCUAGCUGCCCAAUCUCAACAGCACUCAAAUCCACUUAUAUGGAUCACUGAAAUGGCUCCAGAACCAAGGGAUGUACUAUGGAGAAAUUUGUCAAUCCCAUAUAGGCAUUUGCCACUGUAUAAAAUUGGAGUUUUUGUUGCAGCAUCACUUCUUACACUAUUUUUUGCCAUCCCAGUGACUGCAGUUCAAGGAAUAGCAAAAUAUGAAAGAUUAAAGACAUGGUUUCCUCCAGCCAUAGCUGUACAUUUGAUACCCUGCUUAGGACCUGUCAUUACAGGGUAUCUUCCAACUGCCAUCCUUAGUGGAUUUAUAUAUGUCAUUCCGUUUGCCAUGCUUGGAAUGGCUAAACUGGAAGGUUAUGUAUCGAGGAGUAAAAAGGAGAUAAAAGCUUGCAACAUGGUCUUCUAUUUUCUGUUGGGAAAUGUAUUCUUCUUAACCUUGUUAUCAGGGUCUUUACUUGAUCAAAUUGGAAAAUCUGUUACUCAUCCUACGGAUUUUCCUAGCCAUCUUGCAAGUGCUGUCUCGGCCCAAGCAGACUUCUUUAUGACAUACAUCUUGACAAAUGGGCUGGCAGGAUUUUCCCUGGAGACAUAUUGAUUCAUAUAUCACUCAUAAGGGCAUCUUGACAAGCAUAGAUCAGACAUAUUGAAAAUUGUCAAGGAUGGUAUUGAGUAUGCUUUUGUUGAUGCUCCAAAGCAGCUAUCUUUUUUGGAUGGGGCUGUGGUCCAUUUCAUUUCCAAACUUCCUACACCUGAUAUCCUUGAAAUGUAAGAGUGAAUCUUUUUGACUUUUUCUUCUAUAAGUUCUCUAACAUAUACGUUUGGAAGGCAAAUGCUAAUGCUCCAUCACUGUUGCAAUAGUUUGAAGGAUGUCCAAAAACGAACAGAGAACGUGAAUACAGAGGUAGAUCCUAGUG